AUGGCGCAGGACACAGACCAAGUCGAGUACACACCCGAGCACCCGCCCUCAAUUCAGGGUGUUUUGCAAGAAAGCCAAAAACAUCUACACAAGACGUAUCCAGAUACCUGUCCCAAGCAAGAGUUGCCCUACGAGCAGCAACAACAGGAUAUUCUAGAUAUGGAUGACGCCAAAGAUGGCGAUCUGCUUCGCUGUCUUACGCAGAAGCUCGCACAGACAUCCAUUUUUGUGCGCGCCAUGCACAAGCAGUUAUAUCGUGCAAGGGUAAAUUCCAAUGCUGAAAGUGUUUUGAUUAUCACCAAGGCGCGCGACAACAAUCUGGUCAGGUUGACGCGUGAAGUGAGCUUGUGGCUCAUGAACCGUGCGCGUAAAGAUCGGAAACGUGGUUUGAUUGUAUACGUGGACGAACAGUUACGUCACUCCAAACGUUUCGAUGUCGAAGGCAUGCAGCGAGACUAUCCUCACUUGUUCACAUCGUUUCGGGAAUCAGGUACCCCCGAGACAUCGCACCAGUGUUUCAACGUAGAUGAGGGCCAGCUGCGGUUCUGGACGAGUGAUAUGUGUACACUGUCUCCUACACUGUUCGACCUGGUUCUUACCCUUGGCGGCGAUGGAACCGUUCUAUUUGCCUCGUGGCUAUUCCAGUCAAGUGUUCCACCAGUGAUUCCUUUUUCUUUGGGUUCGCUAGGCUUCUUGACGCCAUUUUGCUUCGAUGACUACCCAUCGGUCUUGGACUCUGCCAUCACAAACGGCAUUCUCCUCAAUAUGCGCAUGCGGUUCCGUGCUACUGUGUACCGUGCAAUUGAUACUCUGAACUCAAAGCCACGUUCCCGGCGCCGCAAGGCCCCCAAGCCCGACAGUGCAGACUCGAUCUUACAGGAAGUUAAGGAAUGUGGGUGGUACUGUGUGGAAAUGGAGCCAGGGGCUGAUGCGCCUGAAGAUGCGCCUCUCUUCCAUGAUGAGCACGUGCAUUUGUUCAGAACUCGACCGGUUGAGUCGUUCGAGUUUCUGAAUGAUCUUGUGGUGGAUCGCGGCCCCAGCCCGUAUGUUACAAUGUUGGAGGUGUUUGCCGACGACAUGCAUUUAACCACUGCCCAUGCAGAUGGUCUCUGUAUAUCUACGCCAACAGGCUCCACUGCUUAUUCCCUCUCGGCUGGUGGCUCAUUAGUACAUCCUUUCAUACCAGCCAUGUUGAUAACCCCUAUUUGUCCACACACACUCUCAUUUCGUCCGAUGCUUGUGCCAGACAGUAUGGAGCUGCGAAUCGCUGUCCCACACAACUCCAGGAGCAACGCAUGGGCCAGUUUUGAUGGACGUGGCCGGAUUGAAAUUUGCCGCGGGGACCACAUCAAAAUUACCGCGUCUCCAUACCCGUUCCCCACCGUCACGCCCGAGAAUGAAACGGGUACAUGGUUCCAUUCGGUGUCGCGCACAUUUAAUUGGAACCAACGCAAGCAUCAAAUGGGAUUCAUGGUUUAUGAUGGCCACCCAAAUCGAAAACAGUCGCGAGGCAACCCACAGACACAGAACAGUGCAUCAAGCCGUGGCACUUCCAGGUCGGGAAACAGGGUCAAGGACAAGUUUUGGAGAGAGGAAAACACGUCUGAUUUUGUCCAUGAUGCCAGCGAACAGUUUGAUGAUGAUGAUGCCGACGAUGAUCAUGACGACGAUCAUUAUGAUGAUGAUGAGGAUGACAACGAAGUGUUUGACAUCGACGAGGCCACUCCAGAAAAUCUCAGUCGUUUGAGUGGAAGCUGGGGUCAAUCUUCUUUUCCUACACUCCCGGCAACGUCUACAUUCUCUCAAGAUAAUCUAUCGUUUGGGCCAUCAUCCAAGGGGGAACCUGUUCCUAUUCAUUAUCCAACGAACGAACUGCAAGAGGCCAAAUGGCGGUGCAUUCGGAGCCCUGAUCGCUUUGGACCAGGCGGACCUCCGCCAGCGCCUGGUCCCUUGAGCGAACGGCAUUUAGCCACCAUGGAUUUCCGAUUGAGAAGUAAACUAGACGAUCGUGCCGCCAGGAAAUGA